CACAGGUCUCUACAUUUUCACCGCUCCAGAGUGCUCUCAUUUUCUUUCACCAUUCUCUACAUCACUCCAUCAUCAUGAGCUACUACAUGCCUCAGGCCUCUCACGCCUCUUUCACUCGCUCCGUGCCUAUGUCGUACCGUGCUGCCAGCAUGUAUGAAGGUACAGGGGGCCAAAGAAGCAGGAUCUCCUCAGCUUCAGCCUAUGGCAGCCUGCGCUCCGCUCCUCUGGGAUCCUCCAUCUCCUCCAGCUCAGCCUUCAAGGUGAGUUCUGCAGGCUCAGGGUCCCUCAAAGCAGCCGGGGCCUCUGCAGGGCCCAUGGUGGGUGAUGAGAAAAGGCAGAUGCAGAGCCUGAACGACCGUCUGGCCUCCUACCUGGAGACAGUGCACAAGCUGGAGGAGGAGAACAGUAAGCUGGAGCAGAAGAUUAGAGAGGCCAUGGAGAAAGCAGGGCCCGACAUGCGUGACUACAGCAAGUACAAUGCCAUCAUAGAUGACCUAAGGAAGAAGAUAUUCGAUGCCACUGUGGACAAUGCCCGUCUGGUUCUGCAGAUUGAUAACUCUCGUCUGGCUGCAGAUGACUUCAGAGUCAAGUAUGAGAAUGAGACGGCCAUUAGGCAGUCCGUGGAGGCCGACAUCGCAGGGCUGAAGAAACUCAUUGAUGACACUAACAUUGGCCGCAUGAACGUUGAGAGUGAGAUUGAGACCUUGAAAGAGGAGCUUCUCUUCCUCAAGAAAAACCAUGAUAAUGAAGUCGCAGACUUGCGUAAUCAGAUCGCUCAGUCAGGUGUGCAGGUAGAUGUAGAUGCUCCAAAAGGCCAGGACAUGGCUCAAGUGAUGGAGGAGAUGAGACAAAACUACGAGAGGUUGGCACUGAAGAACGCAGAGGAACUCAAAAUAUGGCAUGAGAACCAGAUGGCUGAUGUACAAGUACAGGUGACACAGAACACAGAAGCAUUACAGGGAGCUCAGAUGGAGAUCAAUGACCUGCGCAGACAGAUUCAGACGCUUGAGAUAGAACUGGCAUCCCAAAAAAGCCUGAAAGCAUCGCUGGAGGAGACACUGCGGAACACAGAGUUACGCUCGAAUGCAGAGGUGGAGAAAUACAACGGCAUCAUCCUGCAGCUGGAGGCAGAGCUAGCCCAGCUGAGGGCAAAGGUCACUGAACAGGGUCAGGAGUACGAAGCUCUGCUCAACAUGAAAAUGAAACUGGAGGCAGAGAUUGCCACCUACAAGACCCUCUUGGACGGAGGAGAUUUUAAACUCCAAGAUGCACUUGAUGCCUGAAACAUGAUGAGAUCGUGGAUGCAGGCUGGAGAAGGAGAUGGGAGAAAUGUCAAAACCUCCCAGCAAAAAAACUAAAACUCAUUUUAAAAUGUGAAAAUAUGUAAAAUGUUUUCUGUGAAGUAAUAAGUCUACAAAUUGACCAUUUAUAACACAUUCGUGUUAAUGAAACCACUGUCAGGCCUAAAAACUGAAGCACUAAACAUGUGAAGGAUUUAGCAAAUGUGAAUCUUUUGGGCAAAAAUGAAAUAAAUCAAACCGUGCUGUAAAAA